AACGACACGCAAGCACAAAACAAGCAGCAGUUAGAAAUAAGCGUAGUCGGCUAAACAAGACAAGAGUUUGAGUUUGAGUUCGAUCGAUCAAAACCAAAAAAAAUCCAGAGAUAAUUUAGGGAAAAUCAAAGCCCAGAAACUAACAAAUUACUCGCAAUUAUAAUUCAAGAUAAAGUAUAAGUAAGAGAUAAAUAACAAUGUUGCAAAGGCCUACUCGACGCAGAUGUGAGAGCACCGCUAUGGGCGCUAUCGUUCUCGAUCUUCGUCCCGGUCUCGGUAUCGGACCCUUCUCUCUCGGUAUGCCGAUUUGCGAAGCAUUUGCUCAAAUAGAACAACAGCCUAAAAUCUAUGAUGUUGUUCAUGUCAAAUAUUUUGAUGAGGAGCCUUUGAAGUUGGAUAUCGUUAUAAGCUUUCCAGAUCAUGGAUUCCAUCUCCGCUUCGAUCCUUGGUCACAGAGGCUGCGGCUUAUUGAAAUAUUUGAUAUAAAACGGCUCCAAAUGCGUUAUGCGACAUCCUUGAUAGGAGGGCCGUCAAGUUUAGCUACCUUUAUUGCGGUGUAUGCUCUUUUUGGGCCUACUUUUCCUGGGAUUUAUGACAAGGAUAGAGGUGUUUACACCCUACUUUAUCCGGGGCUGUCUUUUGCUUUUCCGAUUCCAUCACAAUACACAGAGUGCUUUCACGAUGGAGAAGCUGAAUUACCUUUGGAAUUCCCUGACGGCACAACUCCUGUUACAUGCCGUGUUUGUAUAUACGACAGUUCUACAGAUAGUAAAGUUGGAGUAGGCUCGUUGAUGACAAAGGCAUCUAUCCCUCCCUUACCCACUGGCAGUCUUUACAUGGAAGAAGUUCAUGUGAAGCUUGGGGAAGAGAUAUGGUUUACUGUUAGGGGACAACAUAUCCCCUUUGGUGCAUCCCCACAGGAUGUAUGGACUGACUUGGGCCGUCCUUGCGGAAUCCACCAAAAACAGGUUGACCAGAUGGUGAUUCAUUCGGCAUCUGAUCCUAGGCCACGGACGACUAUCUGCGGGGACUACUUCUACAAUUAUUUUACCUGUGGAUUGGAUAUCCUAUUCGAUGGACAGACACACAAGAUUAAGAAGUUUGUUCUUCAUACCAAUUUUCCUGGGCAUGCAGAUUUUAACUCGUACAUGAAAUGCAAUUUUGUUAUUUACAGUCCUGAUUCUGAAAGGAAUCAACAAGAAGCGGACCCUUCUAAACACAGAAUCACACCCAGCACAAAGUGGGAUCAAGUGAAGGAAAUCCUUGGGGAUUGUGGCAGAGGUGCUAUUCAAACUCAAGGCUCAGCUAGCAAUCCUUUUGGAUCUACUUUCGUAUAUGGUUAUCCAAAUAUUGCAUUCGAGGUCAUGAAGAAUGGCUACAUUGCGACUGUUACCCUGUUCAAAUCUUAAUGAAAUGUUGGUUGCUGUUGGGAGGGUUGUACAGUUAAACUGCGGUGGAAGAAUGUUGUAUAUAAACUAUCUAAUAUUCUAAUAUACUUGUUCCCAUGUAAAAAAAGUGCUAUCGCUGUAAAGUUCGUAACAUGUGAUCCGCAAUUGAAUAUACAUAUAAUAGAUUAUAACUGAUUGUCCGUUGCCUUUUCA